AUGUUGGACCAACACGUCAUCGUGACGUUGGUCCCGCUCAUCGACUCUGCAAACCCUACGCGGAGUCUUAUCCUCAACCCCGCUGAGAACCAGGUGACGGUGGCUAUUGGCCGAUGCUCCAAGCGUGAGAUAAGGAAGCGAACUCCAGAAAAAGAUAAUGCUUGGUAUGAUUCUCGGGUUAUGUCUCGUGAUCACUCCUUCAUCACUAUCAACUCUGGUCGACGUAUCGCCCAUAUCCGAGACAACGGCUCGACCCACGGAACCUUCUUGAAUGACGACAAACUGAUUACUGGUCUCGACACUCCUCUCUGCGAUGGUGAUAUCUUGCGUUUCGGUGUCAAUGUGGACCGUGGCCAUGAUAACUUCCAGGCCGUCGAGGUCAAGUGCAAGAUUUAUUGGCCCAAGCGGGAGAUCGUCGUAAUUCCUGAUGACGUUCCGGCUGAGACUUCCACCGAUGUCGCUGCUGCACCCUCUAAGAAUACAUUUGCCGCCCCCGAUGAUGACGAGGAGGACGAGGACAGCUAUGCCGAGGAGUCCUGCCAUGAAUCCGAUGAAGUAUCCGAGGCGGAAGACGAUGAUUACAUAGUCGACGAACACGUCGACAACCCCAGCGAUGACUCCCGGGGAUCUGCUUCUCGUUCCUGGGAGUCUAUUGUGCUUCAGCCCGCCGACGUCUCUUCUGUCUCGAGCGUGGACCAGCACGAAGUCAAUGAGAAAGAGCAAGAUGUCGAAGCAAAGCAUGAGCAACGACCUCCCUCCGUUGUCAUUGAUCUCACUCCUGCAGACCAGUCUUGCAAUGACACAACCGAUGCCACCGAGCCAAGUGUCCCAGAGCCCGUGGAGCCCGAGACACACAUCGAAGCUCCAAGCGAUGUCAAUACAUUCUCCAAUACGCACUCAAACUCUUCUGACCACAAUGACAAGUUCCCAGAAACCUGCUAUCAGAAGGUUCCCGAAGAUGCUUUCAGCGAUUGGACCAUGAUGAAGCCGAUGUUCAUGCGCCUUGCUGAUAUGGCCUGGGGUGAGUCGGAUCACAUCCCGGACGUCGACUUCGAGAAGAAGAUCAUCCAUGCAGCUCGCCGCUGCUCUUUGUCCCGAGACUCCUAUUGGGUAGAUGACCAUGCCAGCUUCAAACCCCGAGUGGGCACCGAGGUGAUCUGGACCCCGGAUAGUGAUGAAUCAGACAGCUCCUUCCACCGUGUUCCUGGCCAAAGCCUCAAAUACUGGUCUGUCGACAAGCGCCGGUACUGGGUCAUCCAAGAGGACAAAGAAGACCAGGAGAUGAGCAACUGGUGGUGGAUUGUUGAGAAGCCAUGGGACAUGCUCAGCACCGAGAUUCAGACGCAGCUAACAACUGAAUCUCACAUUGACGAUCGCUACAAAUGCUGGAUUGUGAGGGCUUGGGAGCCACAGAUGAUCGGUGAAACAUGGUGGGAGUCCCCCCCUUACUGGGAUUCUUGCUUUGGUCAAGAUCUAUGCUCCGAGGACGAGUCCAUCGACUCGGCCGAACAUGAAUGCGAGAGCGACCUGGAUGAAGAUUCCGUGUCGAAUGAAGUGACUCAAACUCACGUCUUUUCGGAGCAUCCUCUCUCCGGUCUCCUUGACGAUCAAUACAACACUCACGAGUACUUUGAUUCGGAAGAAGACUCAGAUGCAUCAGAGGACUCGGAGUCCGUGGAAGGCUCACUGGACGUACAUUCACAUGGCUGGAAAUUCGAUGAUCACUCCUCCAUAGAUGAAGAUGUCUCAUACUCCGGCUCUUCUUCAGACUCUUCAGGCUCAGACUCGUCCUCCGGAAACUCGAGUGAUGAUGAAAUCAAUUCCACAACCCCGCAGAAUUACAUUGUCCCAGAACAUGCUGAGCCCACCUUCAUUUACGAAGCAAAUAUGGCUGAGGCUGGGCCUUCUUCGUUCCGUGAUCACGCUCCGAAUGAAGCAACAAAGCUCAGCGGAUUCCCUCUGGCGGAUCAAACCCCGGUGAUUGAUGCUACCUCUCUCACAUAUGCUUCUGAUAUUUGCGCCAGCCAUGGCAUGACGCACCCGAGUGCCCAAUUCCCAGAGCCAACUAUGUCUUGGAGGUAUUGCAGGUUUUCACGGGACAACCGCAAUAACCUGUUUGAUCCAGCGGUGCUCCCUACUCCCCGUCCUUAUCAAGAAGGACCAUUCUCAGUUGACACUGAUUUCUGCAAGGUGGCAGACAAGGCUCUGCCCUCUUCUUCAAUUCUUGCUGGAAGUACCAAGCGAACCGCCUCCGACAUGGAAUCCUCUUCUGCUCUUCCGGAAGACUCCUUCUCUCAGGAUGCCCAGUUGGUGCCCGUUGACCCAUACAGCCAGCCAGGACUCGAAACAGCAUCCCCUGAGGUUAGGGAGGCAAUUGCUUCUGCUCUUGCCGAGAACACAUCUGCAGUCGCUGAGAAUGAUCGUCCUGCAAAGCGUACCAAGUCCACUCAUACACCCUCCAAGAGCUUGGCGAGUCACGUCACCACUGCGUUUGUUGGUGCUCUGCUAGGUGGCCUGGCAACAGUCGCUACUCUUGCAGCCUUACCCAACGAAUAUUUCGCGUAA